AUGAAUCAAAAUACUUUACAAAAUAAUCAAAAUAAUCUCACUUUUACUGAAUUCAGUAAUUUGCAAUCUACUGUUAUUCAACCGGAACAUUCUUCUUCAAAUAAUAAUAAUAAUAUGAACGUCAACCCUUCCGAUAAUAUUUUCCCAACAUUUCAUACAAACAACAAUUUUUCUGGUCAACAACCCAUUUCUAAUGAAAAUAACGCUCCGAUUGUCCCGCAGUACUAUGUUGGUCCGCAGCAACCUAUUGUGAACACUUCUCCACUUAAUUCAUUUAACAUGGCUAGUAUUAACCCAACUCAAUCUGAAAUCCUUAGUUUUGACAUCCCAGGAUUCAAAAUUAUCGUCAUACCUACUUUUUCUCAACAGAAUAAUACUCAUUUGAAUUAUCCUUCUUCAGAUAUCACAAAUACGCAAUUUACUCAAUUUCAACGAUAA